GCGGCUGGUUUGGCCGCAGUCAUCAAGUCAGGGUGCUGUUCCUUGCCACUGUUAGCUCUGGCUUGCUCAUUACGGAUCUAAAUCUUCAUCCAGGUUUCCAUCACGCCGUUUUGUGACAACACGUACUGUUGUAAGCGCCAUGCAAAUAAAAUGAAACGGAAUAGAUGCACAAGGUUUUGUCGUUUUCGAUACCGUGCUAAUGACAGAGCUCUGAGCCGACUCCGAGCCGACUCUCUGUGAAGGUCAGCUGACCCCAGCGUGCUCCACCACUGCCUGAUUGGCUGGAGCCUGGAGUAAAAUGGAGGCUACAUGCUGGGAUGUGAUGUUUGGGAUCCUCCAGAUGUGGAUGUGCGCACUGUUGGGGCUCAUCGUUUUCCCUGCCAUGUUUGGGGUCUCGCUGGGCUUCACCGAUCUCUACAUUAAAGUGCUCGUCAAAACACUGGAGUGGGCCACCCGGAGGAUCCAGAGAGGGCAAGACGAACAGCUUGAACUGCCAGCACAUCUCCCCAAUGGAAUUAUCCAGAAGAACGAUGGUUCUAUGGAAGAAGAGAUUGGGGAACUGCGGCGUUCUCAUCCAAAACCUCUCAGCGGGGGCGACUUUACACUCUCUGAUGUCUUUUAUUUUUGCAAGAAGGGCAUUGAGAGCAUCGUGGAGGAUGAAGUCACUCAGCGAUUCACAUCAGAAGAGCUGGUUUCCUGGAAUCUUCUGACUCGCACCAACAACAACUUCCACUACAUCAGCGUGCGAGUCACCAUCAUAUGGGGUCUGGGUGUAUUCAUCCGCUACUGUGUCCUCCUGCCACUCAGGGUCACCUUGGCUGUUAUUGGACUGAGCUGGCUGGUGGUUGGCACAUCUCUUGUAGGUCUGCUACCUAGCAGCAGUGUGAAAGACUGGCUCAGUGAGCUGGUUCACCUUACCUGCUACAGGAUCUGUGCCAGAGGACUGGCAGCCACCAUCCACUACCACAAUAAAGAAAACCGCCCAAAGAAAGGGGGAAUCUGUGUGGCAAACCACACCUCUCCAAUCGACAUCGUCAUUUUGGCGAAUGAUGGAUGUUAUGCCAUGGUGGGUCAGAUUCAUGGCGGAAUAUUGGGGGUCAUCCAGAGGGCAAUAGUGCGAGCUUGUCCACAUGUGUGGUUUGAGAGGUCGGAGAUGAAGGAUCGCAAUGCAGUGGCCAAAAGGCUGAGAAAUCAUGUUGCUGAUAAAACCAAGUUGCCCAUUCUUAUCUUCCCAGAGGGAACUUGCAUCAAUAACACAUCUGUCAUGAUGUUCAAAAAGGGAAGUUUUGACAUCGGAGGGACGAUUUAUCCUGUAGCGAUAAAGUAUGACCCCCAGUUUGGAGAUGCUUUCUGGAACAGUGCAAAGUACAACAUGGUGAGCUACCUCCUCAGGAUGAUGACCAGCUGGGCCAUAGUGUGUAACGUCUGGUACCUUCCGCCUAUGAAUCGCCAGGACGGAGAGGACGCUGUAGACUUCGCCAACAGAGUGAAAUCAGCUAUAGCACGGCAGGGAGGCCUGGUCGAUCUAUCCUGGGAUGGAGGCUUGAAGCGAGACAAGGUGAAGCAGUCGUAUAAAGAGGAGCAACAGAAAAUGUACAGCAGUAUGAUUGUUGGACAGGACGGAAAGACAUGCGUCCAUGGUUUCUGUUCUCUGGACUCCGAGUGAACCUGAGUGGACCGAGUUGUAUAGAUUCACUAGUCCUUUUAUAGCCUCAGAAAACAGGCACCCGAAGACUGUGAUUUAUUCAGGCAUCACAUAUGAACACAUCAGGCCAAUUCUCUGUAUCUACAAAGUUUUUAAAAGAAUCACUUCAAAAAUGAAAUGCGUGUAAUUUUUCCCCUUUAUAAAAUGAACAUAAGUCAAUCUCACCUGAAAUAAUUGACAUAAAUACACACACACAGACUUUCGUAUAGUUGCUUUAAAUUAGCAGCGAUUUAUACAUUGAAUUUCAAGAUCAUCAGCAUGUGUUGUCCGUAAUCGAGUUGGCGCUUUGAGUCAGUUCUUUUAAGCAAAUUGUAACAGCCGACUUGCCAGCCGUCGUUUCUCUCUUUUUUUUCUAGAUGUGGGCAAAUGUAUGUUGUUUAGGCCUAAUUUAAUCACGAUGUCUCCGUGGAAACAUUCAUUCACUGAUGCUAUUUUUUUCCAAUGGUCAUUUGCUGUGCCUUAUUGAUUAAACAAUGAUUUAAAAUAGAUGUUCUAAAAUUCAACGCAAAGUAACGUUCUUCUGUUAAUUAGAAGGUAGAGCACGACUUUAUGAAACAAUUUCAGCCAUAAUUUGGCAGGAAAAAAAAAACACAGAUGAAUAAUAUCGCAAACUUUUUCUGGUUAAGAAAAAAAUGGCAAUGAGUCAUUUGAGACCUGAACCAAGUCUAAAACACUAAACCACUACAGCACAUCUGUAUAACAUCACUGAAGAACUGGAUGCGGGUUUGAGAAAACAAUUUGCACAAAGAUUUUGGGUGAUACAGAUAUUCAUAGCUACAUUUUUUUUUUUUUUGAUCAACUUUAUUUGGAGUUACUGUUACCACCCCAAAGUUGAUUAUUUUUCUAUCACAGCACGUCCCCACAUGUUUAGUUCUAUGUUAUACCACAGAAAUUUGUCAAUUAUUACAGUUUUGUUUUUCAAUUAAUUAAAGAAUGUCACAUCAUGCUUGUUAUCCAUGUAUAGUUACAUAAGAAACUAUUUAUUUGUGAUUCCUUUAAAGCUGGACAUUGUUGUUGUUGUUUUGUUUGUUUGUUUGUUUUUUGUUCUUUAGAGCACCCUGCAGUUAACUUUUGAUUUUAAAUCCAGUGCAUGCUGUCUGAAAUGCUGCUCUCUGAUAUUCACAUGAAGUCUUCUUUGCUUUUUUACUGUUCCUUUGUGAAUUGUUUAAAUAUCACAGGUUCUUUUAAAUGUUAUCUUGUGUUGUUGUAUUAUGUAACAAGUACAUUAUGUAACAAGUACAUCUGUCCUGUGAUCACAACUUAUCGCUAUGAGAUAAAUCACUUUUGUUGUCA